AUGCCCGAACUCCAAAAGGUCAAGGGCAGAACCAUCCUUAUCACUGGAUCAAGUGACGGUGGUAUAGGCGCAGAGACUGCCUUGUCCCUUGCCGCUGGGUCUCCUACGUGCAUCCUUCUCGCAGGUCCCUCGUUACCCAAGAUUCAACCAGUCAUUGAUCGUAUCAGUGGUGCUUAUCCGGACGUCGAGACCCAAUUCAUUCCUUUAGACCUCAGCAGCCAACAUGCUAUACGGGAAGCUGCUGCAGAUAUCAAUAAAACAGUCCAGAGCAUCGAUAUCCUGAUCAACAAUGCAGCAAUAAUGGCAUGUCUUUUGGCAAAAACGGCUGAUGGGAUCGAGAGCCAGUUCGGCACUAGUUAA